UUGGUAUAGUAGUUGUGACUUAUUCACACUAUAUACAUUUGGCUUCCGCAACAACUAAACCAUUACCUGAGACUAUAAAAAUUCUGGAAGGUGUUUUGAACAAGAGGUGGUGUAUGUUUGAAAGCUUGAGUACGAUGGUACAUGCCUGCAGAUAGGGCAUUUCUGCCAGGCAAAUAAGUAACCGAAGCAGGCUCAACUGACUAAACAUUUCGUUACAGGUUAUGCAUCUCAGUAUACCCUUAUUAUGUAUUUUUUUUUAUUUUUUAUUUUAAUGCAGAAACCAGUUCAGAACUCUGAUUUCUACAAAAAUAAUGCACCUCCAUUAAAUGUUGUUCUGUUUUGUCUUGGCAGAGUUUGGCUCUUUCCCGGAAGACUUGGAGCUUAUCAGACAAAUGAAUGAAAUGGGACUCCCCAUGUCAUUCCACACUAACAAGGAGAAGAGAAAUCGAGCAGUUCUGGGAAAAAUAAAGAAGGGAAAGAAGACGAGUCUUUGGUCCUGUGAGAAUACUCAGGAUGAAGUGCUAAAUUCAAUACAAGAGCAGAGGGAAGAAUGUGAGUCUAAUGGUACUCUACACAGCAACUCAAACAAGGUUUCUUCCUCCAUGUUAAUUCUUGGACAAAGUGAAUUCCCAUCCUGUUAUACCGAGGAUGGUUUAGUCAAUUGUCUUAAUGGUGGAGAAGAAAGUUGGAACAAAUUGAGCGCUGGUUGUGUUCACACGUCCCUUGAAUGCGCUGGUUGCAAUCGGCGAUCGGAUCUAAGUCUGGAUAAUGCAAAGGAUACUGUCUCUACGUGUGAAAAAGUUCAAUUGAAAAAAGAUGUAGUAGUAAUAGUUGGCUCAAGUUUGGAAUGCGGUAAUAAUGCAGAAAGCUGUCCAAUUGAUAGCAGUGUUGAUAGUGGAUGGAUCAGUGGAGAGGGAUUAAAUGGUCAUUGUGAGAGAAAUCCCUUAAAUGGGGAGCAGAUGGAGUAUGCCUGUGUUGGAAAUCCUUUAAAUGGAGAGCAAGUAGAAUCUACUGCUAUGCAAAUGACUGAGCAUCACACAGAAGAUGGGCAACUCUGCAGUUAUUUUGGUGAAGAGCUACAUAAUUGUAAUACAACUGGUAACAAUUGUGAAGAGACAAUUAAUGAUUGGAGGUUGUAUUGGGACAACGAUCACCAAAGAAACUACUUUUAUAAUGUGGUGACUAUGCAAUCUACAUGGGAUCCACCUCCAGGAUUGGACGACCUAGUAUUUACUAAUUUUACUACCAAGCAACCCGAGAUGGCACUUGAAACAGUGGAGUUGGAGGAUGCAGAUUUAAAAGAAUCUAAUAAUAUGCAAACUUCUGCAAGUAUACAGUCUGACCUUGACAUUGCAGACGGAUUUAGAGAUGAUGAGGUAUUGUUGGACGGACAACUCAAUGAUUCAGAGGGGACAGGACAAUUUGCUGACAGUAGUUUAAGCUCUACCAAACAGAAAAAGAGAGUUAGGAAGACAAAAUUCAAAGGGAAGUUAUCGAUAGAAAGUCAAGAGCUGCAAUUCUGCGAUAUUAAUGAAGAACUAUCUCCCAGUUUGAGCAAAUAUUGGUGCCAAAGGUAUCUACUAUUUAACAAAUAUGAUGAAGGAAUACAGAUGGACGAAGAAGGGUGGUUCUCAGUUACGCCAGAGGCCAUAGCCAAGCAUCAUGCACUUCGCUGUGGUUCUGGUACUAUAGUCGAUCUCUUUACUGGAGUUGGUGGAAAUUCGAUUCAGUUUGCUAAGAGGAGUAAACAUGUCAUUGCAAUCGAUAUUGAUCCAAAGAAAAUUGACUUUGCUCAGCAUAAUGCUGCCAUUUAUGGAGUCUGUGACCAAAUAGACUUCAUUAGAGGUGAUUCUCUUGUUUUGGCUCCAAAAUUGAAGGCAGAUGUAGUCUUCAUGUCACCACCUUGGGGGGGACCAGACUAUUUGAAGGAAAGAACAUUUGACAUGAUAACCAUGCUUAGGCCGCAUGAUGGGAAUUUUCUCUUCAGCGUUGGCAGGGGAAUUGCCUCCAAAGUUGUUAUGUUCCUUCCAAGAAAUGUUGAUAUCAAUCAGUUGGCAGAAUUGUCACUAUCCGUAAAUCCACCGUGGUUAUUAGAGGUGGAGAAGAAUUACUUAAAUGGCAAGUUGAAAGCUGUUACAGCAUACUUCUGUAAACCCUCCUGAAAGCUGUGGUCAGAUGAAUCUGAUAAUCUUUUUUGCCAAGUGGAAUGAUGAAUACCUUCUUAAAUGGCAAGUUGAAGGCUGCUACAAUAUACUUCUGUGAACCCUCCUUAUAAGCUGUGGUCGAAUGAAUCUUGUAAUUUCCUUUGUCAAGUGGAACGUAUACCUUUCUCCGGAGCACAUGGGAUUUGUCUUUGCUGUGGCUUUCAUCUUCUGUAUAGUGAUGUAUGUAACAAAUAUGCUCAUAUAUACUUUGUACGGUUUAUAUGAAGUGGAACUGGCAGCGAAUGUUGUCACAGACAGCCGUUUCCAUUGACAUUGGUAUUAGCAGGAAGGGUUAGUAGAGCUCUACUAGUUGUUAGCAGUGCAAAGGAAUUCUGAGUGAAAAAUUUUCGUUGUCAGUGACGGAAUGGUGCAUGUUUCUUAUCCGUCUGGUUCUGCAAAGUACAUGCGUAAGGAUCUCCUGUGUGGCAAUUCCAUCGGAUGCUAGGGUGUGACUUAUCUAUGAAGUUUGUGAAAAUCAUAGGAGAGCAGGGUUAAUACCAACAGAGCCAAAAGCAUGGGUGAUUUCUUCUCAUCCUCCUAAGGCUUAGUGGGUAGAGUUAGUACUUGGGCUAAUAGGAGUUAGUAGGUAGCAGUGUAAUUGUAGAGGUGCGGACAAGCUGAUCAUGAAACCAUCGUCAUUGGAAAAAAAAAAAUUGUGGCAAUUCCAUCCACCAUAUUGCUGCUUACUGCAGCUGGCCGCUGUUGCUUCUGCUGCUAAUUGCGAAAGUGUGCUGGAAAUUGACUGGCAAAAUAGACUUAGUAGGUAGAAAAAAGAUUCAACUUUGUGCCUUGGUCUGACUCUCCGCUUUUUGAUGUGAUACGUUUGGAUGAAAUGGCGGUGAUAUGCCAUUUGGAAUGGAGUAUAUAGAAAUUGUUAUACUUGAACAUUCAUCUUGUAAUUUUACUACUAGUAUAUGUGACCGGUAAUAUGGUUUGGUUAUUUGGCCUAAUUGUAUAGUUUGUAUUUUGCUUCAGUGAUUAGUAGAUCAUGUCCUAUAUCCUUACAUAACCAUGACAGGUAGAACUUAAUAUUUUGUAAUGUUGUGCACAAUUUUGCGUUUAACCCCUCGGCUUAGCAUUAUUACAGA